AAUCUAUAUCAUAAAUGCGAAAGUUAGUUCAUUUGUGUGUUUAUUUGUUGUGUCUUCACGCGUUAGCUACUGAACCUUUCUUCUUAAAAUGUAAAUAUAGUAAAAAGAGUGUAGAGAACGACAUGUGUACGUAGAUACUUUUCAUACACACACUUUUAAUCCUAUUAAAAACUACUUUUCCGUGGGAUUUGCGAAAAACCUGUAUUCUUUUGUAGGUAGCGUUAAAUUCGCGCGUGUUCAUACAUAUAAUCACGUCUGUAUGCCUUGCGGGGUAGACAGAGCCAACAGUCUGGAAAAGACUGAUAGUCCAUUUUCAGCUGUUUCGGUUGAUACGAUUGAGAUUCAAAAAGAAGAAUCCCAAGUUUAUAAUCCUAUCCCUUAGUCGCCUUUUACGACAUCCGUAGGAAAGAGAUGGAGUGGUCCUUUUCUUUUUUUUCUAAUGGUGCCGGGAACCACACGGCACAAUGUAUUAUUUCCUUUGCUACCAGCAUUGAAGGAUCAGCUUUCUUCUUCCUCCUGGCCUUAGUCCCGGUAGCAUCCUCACCACUCUGGAGAGGAGCCCGGGGUGCGCCUUUGACGAUGGCUACUGUAUUGGGUGAAUCCAUCUUUUAGGUGACAGGUUGCUAGCCCGUCGCCUAAAAGAAGAAUCCCAAGUUUACAAGCCUAUCCUUUUGUCGCCUUUUACGACAUAAAUUGGAAAGAGACGGAGUGGUCCUAUUUUCCUUUUUUCUAAUGGUGCCGGGAACCACACGGCCCAUACGUAGUAAAUAUAAUAGUAAAUUGUUGACAAAACCUUUUUUUUCAUCCAAUAACAUCCGUUAUCGACUCAUAAAGAGGUCAGAAACUUAUCGGCGAUAAAAAAAGGAAUCCAAUUAUUAGAAAAUAAAGAAAUUCCAUGAGUGUAAACAAUAACUGAGAAUCAUACAACGGGAAAAGGCUAGUGAUGUUGGUGUGUCGAUAAAAUUCAUGAAGUAUCGAAAUGCCUACGUUAGCACUACGCUUAAGUGAACUAAGCGCCUAAGAUUAUACUAUACGUUUCCUGUUUAUUGCAUCGCAAUAAGUUAUAUGCCGUGUGGAUCCCGGCACCAAUAAAAAAAAGAAUAGGACCAUUAGGCGGUGGGCUAGCAGCCUGUCACUAUUUGAAUCUCAAUUCUAUCAUUAAGCCAAACAGCAGACCGUGGCCUAUCAGUCUUUUCAAAAUUGUUGACUCUGUCUACCCCGCAAGGGAUAUAGACGUGAUUAUAUAUAUUUAUGUGUUAGAAGGUGACGCUGAGUUCACUUGUAAGUUGUAUUUUUAUCUUACUUUAAUUUUCUACCUCGUGUUCUUUUUUAAAUGAUACUAGCGUGGUUUUGCUAUAUUAAAAUUUAUAAGUAAUUUUUAGUAAAAAAAUUAAUGUUUAGCGUUGGCAACCCUUAUCACUAAGGGCUAUGAAAAAUAGAAUUUGUCCGAUUCUCUACCUACUCAAUAUGCUCACAAAAUUUCAUGAGAAUCGGUCAAGCUGUUUCGGAGGAGUAUGGGAACGAACAUUGUGACACGAGAAUUUUAUAUAUAUUGAUUGAUGAUUGAUUAAUAGCCAAGUGUUAAAAACCCCGAGCUUUGAAGAAAAGCGGUUCUAGUUGUACCCUCUAAUAAAAAGGGCAAGUUAAGGCAUGGGCCGUAUAUUUACAUUCCUCAAUUGUUUCUAAAUACAAAAUAGUAAUAAGAUUCUCCAAAGUAAUAUUUUUUUAAUGCUGAAACGUUUAACGUUUCUGAGAAAUAAUCGUGACAGAUAGACGAUAAACAAGGGUUUUCCAAGUUGAAAAUGUACAAUAAAAAGUUACAGAUAAAAAGCCAUGCAGUGAAAAAAUUUCAUCGACACGGUACACGACCACAGCACUAUAUCUCGAAACAGUGUUUACAAAUAAAGAAUCUUACUCCGAUUACAAAUUCAAAUACAUUCCAAAUACCAUUAAUAAUCCGCUCACUAACUCACAAUUCUCCAAUGACAUACAAUCACUAGUGAUGUCAGAAAUUAUAUCGACAUUGGCAAUUUUUGUAACUAUAUUCAAUUUAGUCAAAUCUGAUUAUUCGCGACAUAGAGAUAAUGUUGUGAAUAAAGGUGUUUGGGUUAAAACGGAUCGCGAUAAAUUGUACGAUAAAGCUGCGUUUGGUGAUUUCAUUUUUAAACCCAGCUCGGUAAAUGUCGAUGAUUUGUUUCAAGAUGACUUUUAUUCGUUUGGAGGUAAUCACGUGCAAGAUGUACCGUUUAUUCCGGGUUAUAUGGAGAGGUCAAAGAGGUCCCCGAAUGUACUCGAAAGAGGAUUUCCAAAAAGUGUGAAAAAUUGCAAAGAGAAAGAUUGCAACAAAAAACACAUGGCCAAUAAUAAACCUAUAAUAAAAUCUAAAUUUUUACAAAAGAAAAAAGAUCCUUCCGUAUUGUCUGUCUAUCCUUAUAAUAUAGCUGUAUUACUCGGAAACAUGAAAAAUAAUAACAAAGUUAUGGUUGAAGAAGUUAUAGAUAAAUCUACUGAAACUAUUAGUGUUAAUCAAAUUGAUAAUAUAACUAAUGAGAUGAAUCAGAGUAAUCAAACAAAUAAAACAUUUGAAGUAAUCAUGGCAAAUGAAAUUUUGGUUGAAAAUUCAGAAAAUCGUUUGAAUAGUACAAAACUGCCAAAGCGUAGCAUGAAUAAAGAUUACGAGUCUGAAGUUAUAAAGAAAAUCGAAAUAGUCGAAGGCCUAAACCAAUCAAAAUCAAAAUAUGAUAGAAACAUAUUUGAUGAUAGACCGGGCAGUUGGCAGCAAUCAGCUCCAGAUGUCAAUGUAUAUAAAGUUAUACCUAAAUCUGAAGAGCAUACAGUAGUCUCAGAAAAAGGUCUAUUGAAAUUGCUCUCGAUUCUAACAAAAACAUUCAAAAAGAUAAUGAAACAGCACGUAGAAAUCAAAAAAAUACACGCUGAAAUGUUCUCCGGCAAGGAAGAUAUAGACAAAAGUGUAUCCCUUUUAAUCAGCAAAUUCAAAGAUUUCGAUGCUAAGUAUUCAGAUUUGAAAGAAUACAAUGAAAAAAUACAAGAUUUACAAAUGAGAUUGGAAGCCAAAGAGGAAUACCUAAAAAACAAAGAAACAGAAAUGUCCAACAAUCUGAUGGAUUUCGAAAAUCAACAAAAGAAAUUCUUAACUCAGCAACGUCAGUUUUAUAAUAUACAGAAACUAAUGCUGUCUCAAAAUGAAAAGAUUAAUGCUAAGCAAAGUUUAAUUGCAAAAACUCAGAGUGAAAUAUCACGUCGGCAGAAUAAUUUUGCUAGAAUCUUAAAGAAAGCUAAACAAGUGUACAUAGACAGAACGCCUUACAAUCCUAAAUCACAAUCUAAAAUUGUAAACAGCAGCGAGAUUGAUUCAAAAUCCGUGACUACAACUUCUAGACCAUUCGUCACGGAAUCUGUAAAGAUAGACUUGUUUUCAAUACCAUCAUCGGAUUCUGUCCGCCUUCAAGAUAAUGACAAAUUAAUUUUAAAAGAUAAAGAUGAACAUCCUGUCGAUGAUUUAGUCUACAAGUAUUAUUUCAAUAAUACUUUCAUAGACAAACUAAUGAAGAAUCAAAUUCUAACAGGACUUUUGCACGGAAACAAAUAUAUAACACGCAAUGCAAAAUCAAAGAGAAAUGAAGCGAGGAAAAUUAAAUCAACUAUAUUAAUACCGGUGAAUAAUAAUGCAAUUGAUAGUAAAGUAACUGAUAUGGAAGGGAAAAAUAACAUUAGAGCGAAAAGAUGGAUACGCCAUCAUGCAAAAGGUAAAUCCAGGAGGAGACAUCGCAAAAUUGCUGCCGAUUAUGAAAUGAAAGAUGACAAAACCUCUCAUCCGAACAUUAAUAAUAAUUUGAUUGAAAACACAGAGAAAAAUACACCAACUCCGACAACAAUUGAAAAUAAAAUUAUGCCAGAACUUAUGGUUCCAACAAAUAUUGGUCAAACUAAUAUCGAUAAAGCAAAUAUGGCUAAUCCAUUUAUGUCGCUGGAGAAAUUGUCAAAAUCAAUAGAGAGACAACUAAACCCCUUUACAUCAAUGGCUGCAAAUUUUUGCAACCAGAUUGGUCAGAAUCAAAAUCCACUAAUGCUUGGCUGGUGCGUAGAAAAAGUUUUGAGAAGACUGCAAAAUAUGGAAACAAUACCAAAAGUGGCAACGCUACAGCAGAUCGCGCCUGUGACAUCGACUCAUGCGCCGAUCGCCGUCCAGACGCCGAUCACAAACCCAUCGUUAUCCGCUAUAAGUCCCGUGACUACCCCGGCUGUUGUGUCAGUUCAGGGGGUGACAGUGUCACCAACCAAAGCGCCGAAGACAUCUCCGAGUGUAACCUCAAAAUCGACGUCUUUAGUGUUCUUCCCAGAUAAUGACGAAUUAGAAGCGAACCUCAAGCAAUAUGUAAUAAAACCUGACAAUGAAGGCACAGUAUUCUACGAAGGUAGCUUACAUGCGAGUGAAGUUCUUGGUCAUAGAGAGAGUGAUGAAGGGUUUUCAGACAUCAUGCCGGGAGUAGACAGCCACUCCAGGACGGCGACUGACCCCCUGACCUUCGACCUUCGAACGAUGAGACUCUCUUCGGUUGGAAGAAUGAACGAUAUAACACAGAAGAAACAUAUAGGAAUAGUAUAAGUUUUCCUCAAUUAGUUAUAUUUGUAUAAAAUUACAUUACAAUUAUAAAAUGCCCAAAGAUAUUUCAAUUAGGACCUAUGAAAAAUUGUAGUUAGGUAUUGAUUCGCUAAAUGAUCGGUUUUUGAUUUUGACUAAAAGGUAGCAUUUUACCUUAAAAUAGAGAACCAAUGUUAAAAUAAAUAUUUUUACUGCGUUUUUUUAUAUAGUAUUUUGAAUAAUAUUACUAGUAAUUUAUGUAUAUCGAUAUCAAAAUUAUCGAUUUUUGGUCAACUCUAGGUUAAAAUCAAAAAAGCUAAUGCAUUAUUUUAUACAAUAUGUUAAAUAAAAUGUAUUAACAAAUUUUUUUUAUCAUACAUACAUCAAAUGCAAUAAAUAAUGUUACUUUUUAAGUAAUUUAAGUAGCUGUAUA